CUCCCGGCAGCGAUCCGUCUCAUCGUCAAUAUAAAAUCCCUUCUCCCUGCCUCCCUUUCCGGAGACAUCCGAUAAAAUCCCUUCUCCCCGUGACAAACGUUCUCGACUUCCCACCUCCUUCGACGAGACGAGGGGGGAGAGAGAGGUGCCGUUGAGAUGGCCGGGCCCCGUGACAAGGGCAAGGCCAAGGCGCCUCGGACAGGCGAUGCUCCCGACCAAGCCAAGCGGCGGCGGUGCGGCGGUGCGGCGGCCGCUCCACCGCUCGGUCUCGAGGUUGCUGCGCGGAGCGGGGGAUCCGUGCACACGAAGGAAAUCAUGGCGUUCGAUGUCGCCCACAACCUCCGCAGCGGCCGCAGGGUCUUGGUCCCGAACACGAACAAACCUGGCCCUCUGCGCUUCAGGAAAGGGGAGAAACCAGUGUAUGAUGUAUCAUGGAAGAUCCCUGCAUGUGUGAAAGUUGCUCUGGAACACUACAACCGAUUGAAUGAGGAUGUGCAUGAACUGGUAAAAGCAGUUGAUGGUUAUGUCUUUUUAUACAAUGGCGAGUGGAUGCAUGUAAACUUCCUUGCAAAAUCCAAACAGGGGACUCCCAAAGCCUUCUUUGCUGAACUGAAAAUAGAAGGAAUGAAGAAAAUAUCAUGUACCAUGUGCACUGAGAUGGAUCCAGAUGAUCCCCAAACAGCACCUUUUCGUGGUGGAUGUGGAGGUUGCCCAAGUCGAAUCUUCCAUCCUGCUGCUGGAGGACACACAGGAGCCCAACCUGGUGUUGGAGGUGCUCGAGCAGAAGAUCUAGGGGCCGCCCCUGGAGGGGCCUGUGAAGAAUUUGCUUCGCUUUUCAAUGUUGACGCAAUGGCCUUUGCAUGAUUAUUGUGCAGAAAGACCAAAUGCCAAUGCUCUUAGAGCAAGGAUAAAUAGUUCCGCCGGCAGCGGGCUGCAAGCCAGCUGCAUACGAGUGCCAACUACACUUGUAUACUGGGUAGGCUAAUGAGUUGGCUGUAAGCAGUAAAAUACUAGCAGCAAAAGAACGCAGGCGAUUGGGAGAGAGAGAAACAAAAGCAUCUUUAUCUCGGUCCAUCUGCUUGCAGCCGGCUGUUAACUAGCAGCCCGCUUUCUUCUCUCUCUUCAGUUCUCUCACCUCCACAUAAGAUUUUGAUGACAUGGAUAGUUUUGCAGCCUGCUGAGUAUUAUACUUGCUUUUAUGUGUGUUCAUGUUCGAAACCUAGUCAAUAGAAAACGCUCUCUAUA